AUGGAGCCAGAGUUUCACACCACCAGCAAAACGGAAGAAAGCCGUAUCGAGGCGCAGAAGGACGAGUUCUUCAGCGACAACCAACAUGAUGACAAACAUGUUACGAAAGAUGAGCUUCUCAAACUCACUUGCGAGGUCAAGCCCAGAAAGUUGCUCGUCGUCCUCACGGCUGACAGCAGUGACACGAAUGCCCAGUCGGACAGGCCGUGGUUUUUGAACCCUUGUCGCUUGUUUCUCAGCCUCUUCUUUUUCGUGAGCUUUCCGUUCCUCUCGUUGAAGAGUCUGGCCAGAGGAGUCCUACGCGCACUGACAACUGACGUCAGGUCCGGGCGUCAGAACGCAAGGCAAAUGAAGCACCGAUGGACCUAA